GACACUCCAUUGCCAGGAGAGAUCAUUCUUAGCCUGAAGACAGUGAAGUUCAUUUCGGUGAGUUGGUGGGACUCUUCAUUAAUCUCUUACCAUUACUGUCGGUUUACAUUCAACACACGCUUUCGAUUUCGUUUUUAAAUCACUUGAAGAACAUUGAGGUGAUUUGGCAAAUCUAUUUCCAGCUCGCGCAUUACCGUUAGUUAUUUAUCCGUUUUUUUCGUGCGCUCGCUGCUCACCCGCGCCUGGCUGAGGGUGUGAGGGCAGAAGCUCGACAAACGUUUGCGGCCAGGCUGUGCGAACCAGGGAGCUGGCCCGGUUCUCCCGCGCGCAUGGAGGGAGACGUUAUGGACAAACUGGAGGCCAUGGCUGCGGUCUGUGACUUCGACCCCAUCACAGGGAGCAUCCCGGCCACUAAAGUGGAAAUCACCGUUUCAUGCAGAGAUCUGUUGGACCGAGACACGUUCUCCAAAUCAGAUCCAUUGGUUGUCCUGUAUACCCAGGGAGUGGAGACCAAGCAGUGGCGCGAGUUUGGGAGAACCGAGGUGAUUGACAACACACUAAACCCAGACUUUGUCAGGAAGUACAUACUGGACUACUUUUUUGAGGAGAAGCAGAACCUGCGCAUUGACGUAUAUGAUAUUGAUUCCAAAAGUCCAGAUCUGGCCAAACAUCCCUGCGACUUCAACGACUUCCUGGGCCAGAUGUUCUGCACCCUGGGGGAGAUCGUUGGCUCACCCGCCAGUCGCCUGGCGAAACCUCUGGGUGGGAUACCUGGGAAAAAAUGUGGCACCAUUAUCUUGUCUGCCGAGGAGUUGGGAAACUGCAGAGAUUGCGCCACCAUGCAGUUCUGUGCAAACAAGCUGGACAAGAAGGACUUCUUCGGAAAGUCCGAUCCCUUCAUGGUCUUCUACAGGAGUAACGAGGAUGGGACGUUCACUAUCUGCCAUAAGACUGAAGUGGUAAAGAAUACACUCAACCCUGUGUGGCAGGCCUUCUCCAUUCCUGUCAGGGCACUGUGCAAUGGAGACUAUGACAGAACAAUCAAGGCUGAAGUGUAUGAUUGGGACAGAGAUGGCAGCCACGACUUCAUUGGCGAAUUCACCACCAGCUACCGAGAGCUUUCCCGAGGUCAGAGCCAGUUCAACGUCUACGAGGUGUUCAAUGCCAAGAAGAAGAUCAAGAAGAAGAGGUACAUGAACUCCGGGACGGUGUCAUUGCUGUCAUUCUCUGUGGAGGCGGAGCACACCUUCCUGGACUACAUCAAAGCAGGAACCCAAAUUCACUUCACAGUGGCCAUUGAUUUCACAGCAUCCAAUGGUAACCCAUCCCAGUCCACCUCCCUCCACUACAUGAACCCAUACCAGAUGAACGCUUAUGCCAUGGCCUUGAAGGCAGUGGGGGAGAUCAUACAGGACUACGACAGUGACAAGAUGUUCCCCGCCCUGGGCUUCGGGGCCAAGCUGCCUCCUGAUGGGAGGGUGUCCCAUGAGUUCCCCCUGAAUGGCAACAUUGACAACCCCUACUGUAACGGGAUGGAGGGAAUCCUGGAGGCUUACCAUCAGAGUCUGAAGACAGUACAACUUUAUGGACCCACCAACUUCGCUCCGGUUGUCAAUCACGUUGCGAGCUACGCUGCAACGGUGCAGGACGGUUCCCAGUACUUCGUUCUGCUCAUCAUCACCGACGGCGUCAUAUCAGACAUGGCCCACACCAAGGAGGCCAUCGUCAAGGCCGCUAAACUUCCUAUGUCUAUCAUCAUUGUUGGAGUGGGACAGGCCGAGUUUGAUGCAAUGGUGGAACUGGACGGUGAUGACAUCAGGAUCUCCUCCAGGGGGAAGCUGGCAGAGAGAGACAUUGUACAGUUUGUCCCGUUCAGAGACUACAUGGACCGCACUGGCAACCAUGUCCUGAGCAUGGCCAGGCUGGCCAAGGACGUACUGGCGGAGAUCCCCGAUCAGCUCAUCUCCUACAUGAAGAGCCGGGGGAUCAAGCCCUGCCCCCUCCAGCCUGCCUAUGAGCCCGAAAAGGAUGAAGAUGAGGACGACCACCAUGCCCAGACCAUGCCCAUCUGAGACCAACCCAACCCAUGGUGGUGGAAGGAAGGGGAAAGAGCAGGAGGAGGAGGGACAGGAAGGUGAGGUGGGAGGGGCGGGGGGGGGCACUGCCAGACGAACCCCUUGAGUCCUAGAUGUCCCCCCCCACCCUGAGCCCACUUUUAUUGAGAAAUGAAACACUUGGAGGCACCUUCGUUAAUAUUUAUUUGGUUGUGAUGUCGAACAGAUUAAUAAGACUCCACUUUGUUUUCGGAGCAACAUUUUGCUUCUUCUGGGAGGGGGAGGGAGGGAGAGCGGGUCUGAAUAUGGGCAAACCAGCUGAAGCUGAAGAUCAGGGAGUUUCUCCUUUUUGAGCAUUCUGUCUGCAGGUUGCACACAGAGCUGAGAGGCGAAGAACAUGAGGAGUAAAAGGCAGAGACGAAAAGCAGUGUGUUACAGAGGGAUAUUAGGUGUUUGCUGUCAAAAUGGUAACGUGGUGGAUCGCAUACCCUUCUAGUGGGGACGAUAUCAAUAUAUUAGAAUGUGCCAGUGUGUAUCAUGUUUGUGGAUAUGAUACCGUUUGGAAUUGGUGUGUGUUGGAAUAGGGAAAUCAUCUGUAUGCUUAUUUAUUUAUGUAUUUAUUGUAAAAACAACUAUUUAUUCAUGUCUGGGAUCUAAAAUCCUAUUUUCCCAAAUAUAUUUCCAUACUAUUUUCAAAUCAGUGCUAAAAUAUCUUUUUUUUUUUACUUUUGAGAAUAUUAUAAAAACGAGUGAUAGAGAAUUUAGUCAUAGUUGUUAUUGAUCAAUAAUGAUUUACACUAUUGACCGUAGCCUUUAGUCUACAGUAUGCAGAGGAUCAUGUUUCAGUAUGUAAUGAUAUGCUCAUUUAUCAACAAAAAAAAAUCAAAUUCAACAACUUUUUCCAAAAACAAAAUGCACUACCAACAGUAAUAAAUAAGAAGCACAAAGAUCAUUAUAACAAGAUAGAGUUCAGAACAAAAAGUCACCCUUACAGCUACCACAAUAGAGGUCCUGGAAAGGACUGCACUGUUUUGAAUAGCUUUGUAUCAUAAAAUGUCUUCCAGACUACUUGACUACUAAAUUAAGAUCAAAUGUAACAGUAUUAUCUAAUCCAGUCAUAUACCCUACUUGCAUUAGACACAAAGAUUAAUCUAUACGUGGCAUUCAUGGCAUUCCUUUUGGCUGUGUAGACCAGAAAACAUGUAUAAACACAACCUCUUGUUUGACUUUUGCGACUUUCCAUACUGUGGUAGGGUUUUUUUCUGGGGAGCCCACUAUUAGAAUGCAAAAUCAUCUUUCUUAAAAAUGUUAUGCUAACUGCAACUGCACAGUUUCUAUGGAUAGUUGUUCCCCAUGAUUAUAACAUAUGUAGACAAAAUCUGCAUAUGUUAUAAUUUAGGAAUUUUACCGAAUUUUAGACAUAUCCUUUUUGUGUUCAUUCCUGAGCACCUGUUGGGUUCAUGACUGCAAUUAUUUUGUGUUUCAGUAUUUAAAGUAUUUUUUUUGAAUUACAAUCAAUUGGUCAUGCACACAAUGUAGAAUUUCACGAGUAGUCCAGACAUAACCGAAUAUCUUUUUCCAAAUGUGCCUACUGUAUCGACACUUGCAUAUCUAAAUUGAAUUUAGCCAGGUUUUGUUUAAGCAACAACACUGAACGUAAUCACAACUAUGACAAUAAUUCCGUUCAGUAUGUUCAAUGUUGCAAACAACAGAUUCAUUCAUUGCAUAUUGGUAUUGUGUGUUAUGUACAUGUUUGAGGACUAUAGAUAAAUGCAAUACAGCUUGCUAAUAGAGUUGGACGAUGUCUACCGAAGUAACUUGCUAGACAAAUGCAAAGUAUUUGUUGUAAAACCUAUAAGUCAACCAUUGUUUACAACAGUUGUAGACAUUUCUUCAUGGAAUGCAUGAACAUUUUGGAAAAGGAGGAGGCAUUUGAUGAGAGAACCUUCUGAAUCCUUUCACAUAGUUCUGGAUGUCCCAUCUCCUUGGCUUGACACAAAUAUGGUAUCCUAAUGCUCUUUUUUAUCUAAUUAAAAAUAGUGUGAUUUAUUUACAACAUAAACAAAUACUAAUGAUUUGAUAUACCCGAAACAACUGUUUUUGUUGUUGUUGUUUGUUUAUAUCCCUUGAAUAGAAGGUUGUUACAAGAUUGUUCACCUGUAUUGCUGUACCAAAUUAGAACAGUUUCAUUGGAAACUGACUGUGUCCAUAAGCCCCGUAUAAAUAGUGGACUUUGUAUCCAGUGCCAAAAGAUGUUCUGUUGCACUUGGACUCUUUAGAAAAUGUGCAUGUUUGUGCCAAAAAUGGCAGCAGGUUUCUCCCUUCAUCUUAAAUGAAACUCUCUAAGACAUCCUGCUACUUUAGUCAUGUGUUGCUUUAGGAUGAUCUUUAGGAUUGGCAGUUAAUCCGGCAUGUUCCACGACUCUCUUCUUUUCAUUCCCUUUCAAGUCAUCUUGGUUGCCCCUCUUGUCACUUGUCAUAUUUAUACUUGAGUUGUUUACAAACUGCUCUUGGUCUCUUUUCCUGCAUGCUGUAUAAUUUCCAAACCAGAUGUUGGACAUGAUUGUCGUUAUACUGUGGUUUGUGAAAUGCUUUGUAAUGGAUUGCCUUAACUAAAGAUUAAUAAACAAUGACAACUU